ACGUAUUUCUCAACAAGGCAUUCUUACUACAAACACCAUGCUGCUCACAGCUGCUAGCACCUUGUGUUAGGACCAGCACCUGGACAUAACAAAACAUUGUAUUACCUUAUGUGCACUUUUUCUUGUUUUUUGUUUGUUUGUUUGUUUUUUGUUUUUGUUUUUUUGUGCUGCUGUUUGCUUUGAUCAUGGCUGAAAACAGAUUUGUCUUGAUGAAAAGUCAAAUUCUGUAUCUGUUUUUUGUCUCAGGAUUUUGCUCCUUCGUGGUUGGCUCUUCAGACUUUCACCUUAUUGACCUUAAAAAGACCUAUAAUGAAGCAAAGAGCUAUUGCAGAGAGAUGUACACUGAUUUAGCAACAGUUCACAGCUUAGCAGAUAUGAAUAGUUUGAUCACUUUAGUUCCAACUGACAAUUUCAGAGCCUGGAUAGGACUGGAGAUUGGAGAUGCGUGGAUAUGGCACUGGUCUUGGCCAGAUCACAGAGUUGACUUUUUAAACUGGAAGGCAGGAGAACCAAAAAAAGAGAAUCGAGAUACAUGUGUAGCAAUGGAUCCACAAGGCAAGUGGUUUGAAAGUGAUUGUGGGACUAAAAGACAUUUUGUUUGUCAUGGCAAUGGUGCAAAAAGUGAUCAGAUUUUUGUUGCUGACACCAAAUCAUGGAGGGAUGCUCAGAAUCACUGCAGGGACUUAUCGUCUGAUCUGGUUAGCAUACACUCAGCAGAAGAAAAUGAGGCAGUGCAUAAUGUGUCUGUGUCACAAAAUGUGUGGAUUGGCCUCUUCAAAGAUCGCUGGAAGUGGUCGGACAGGAGCAACUCAUCAUUCCGUAACUGGAAACCCAAACAGCCUAACUACCUUCAGGAUCAGGAUUGUGUUGCUGCUAUAUUCAGUGGUGGACGGUGGAAUGACCUGAAAUGCAGUGGCAAACGCAGAUUCAUUUGUCGUGGGGCAAAGAAAUCAAUUCCAACAGCCACCAAUCGGACAAGUACACAAGACACCUUUCCAACAGAGGUCAUAGUAACAUUUCAUUUCACUGUAGUUGCCUCUACCAAACAACCAAACACUACUAAUGUUACCACUGAAGAAGAAACAACUGCAACUGAACUGACAAUACCAAAUACCACAGAUAUUGUAUACAGUACUUCAAGUAUUGAGCUAAACAAUACAACUACAGCAAUAGCAACUGCGACAGCAACGCGGCUACCUCCAGACCAGAACACAACGCAGCUUUCAACUCAAAUGUCCACUGAAAACAGCCAAAGUUUGCCUCCAGCUAAAGGAAAUUUGAUUCUAAUCCAGCAAAACAUGACGUGGAUUGAAGCUAUGAGUUACUGCAGGGAGCACCACACUGACCUUGUUCAUAUUACCACCGAAGACAUUCAAGAGAAGGUGGCUGAAAAGGCAAAGAAUGCAACUACACCCCACGUUUGGCUCGGCCUACGCUACACCUGCAACUCUAACUUUUGGUUCUGGACCAGGUCAUCUACUGCCUGUUACCAGAACUGGGCCCCUGGACAAGGAUCUGAGGGGAAAUAUGACUGUGGUGUUACAGGUGCCAUUGAGACCACUGGGAGGCAGCAGUGGGUAGGCUUGCCUGAGACAGAAAAACUGAAUUUCAUUUGCUAUGGAUGUGCUGGGUGAGUGUGGAAGGCCAGUGACAAUUCAGGUGUCAGAGAUGCUGUAUGAAGAAAAAACACAUUUGUGUUUGUUAAAUUUAUAUUUUUGUAGUGGUUAAUUUAACAUUCACAACCAUGUUUUUGACAAUUGUACUGUUAAACCAGCAGAUUUCAACAGAGGUUAUUUUAAUGUUCACCUAUGAUGUCAUACUUCUACCUUUGUUGAAAUACAGCUGCCCUCUCUAUUGUUGGGACUGAAUUUCAUUAAAUAUGAAAACCUCAUGCAGUGUGUAGGCGUGCACAUUCACAGUCAUGGGCAGCAAGAGUAAUGUGAGAACACAGAUCUGCUCUAUGCCUUUCACUCGGGGUUACUAUUUGCAUGUUGACCCCCUGGGUUGGGCCCCCAAGAUUGUCUUUUUUAGACCACCAGAGUAUGGCCCCGAUCCAGACUGCCUGCUGCCCUCACUGACCUGACCUUCACUAGCAGCCACAUGGAAGACAGAGCUCACAGACACUCACCUUCCUGUCUGCACCCUUGAGGUACUCGGAGCAUCUAUAACCAUGGGAACCGGCAGCGAUCCCUUUUCAGUGAUGUAUUUCAUCAAUCUCAAACAUAAAUGCAACUGUGAACAGACUGUUUUCACUGUUAUCAUCCAGAUACAUGUUUGAUUGAGUUUUUAUUGUCAGUUGGUAUAUGUUAAAGUCUAUGUACCUUGAGGUGGAAAAAAGAAGAAACUGUGUGAAGAGUGAUACACAGGAAAAUGUUUGUGUGUGUUUAAUAAUGUAAGUCAUUGUAGCUGCUGUUAGUUAAAACUAUUUAAAAACAAAUGGUGAUAUGAGGUGCAUACUAAAGAGAGUCCUUAAAUCACAAACUGAUAAUAAAAUUCUAUGGGUCUAAAUUCCAACAUGUUCCCAUAUUCUUGUAAUAUCUUUCAGCACAUUCAAUAUUAUCAUAAGGGUACUGCUCAUGAAAGUUUUAUUAGUAUAUGAGUAUGUUUGCAUCAUUGAAUAAAAUAAUCCCAUAUAACCACUGAAUAC